UGAAACUUUCACAUCGUUUCUUUUAGUUAGAGCGAGUAAAGAGGCUUUAAAUUUGUAAAGUUUUAUUUAGCAGCCUUUACCUUUGUUUAAUCUGCUUUUGUUGGGGGGUCAUUGUCACCAUGUAUUUCCCUCAUUACAACAUGGACAGUAGAUUGCUGAUGGGCGGCUGGCAGGAGACUCCAGGUCCAGUUAAUGGGAAGCAUUAUGAGUGGCAGGUGUCAAACGGACACCAGUGGAAGCCAAUUGACAACGACCAUGUGAUCGAGACGCACUACUGCCAACCGGGAGCUAAAGGAAUCACCAUCAACUUUGACGAGAUGAAGGUGUCCAUAGACUUUGAUAAGUUAGAGACUCUGACUCCAGGUCUGAAGGUGCAGAGAGUGAGCUUCCUACCUCGGGGUCAGACGGAGGACGUAGGCUGGUACUUCAGAGAUGACCAGCUGUGGUGUGAAUAUGGAUCUCAGAGCUCCAGCACGUUGUCCUCCUCGAUCAGCAGUCGGGAUAUCGAGCAUCAGUUCAGUCUAAACCCUCGGGGAACCUUCAGCUUCACAGUGGGCUCGACGACCUACUCACUAGACUUCUCCACCAUGACCCAGACAAACUGCAUCACAGGCCUGAACAGGAAUGUACGCAGGCGUCCUAAAUUCACUUCCAGUGCACAGAGCCUUUCCUCCACCUCAGUGUUCCCCGCGGCUUCCUCCUCUCAGCUCUCUGAUGGAGGCUACAAGUGGGAGUUCAUGGGAGACGAGGGGAGAUGGACAGAAUACAAAGCACAUAUAUGUUCAUACGAUAGCGCUGCCAUUGAGAGACAAUACCAGCUGAAUCCACAGGGCCAGAUAAACUUCAGGACCAAGAAGUUCUCGUACACGCUGGACUUUUCAAAAAUGUGUCAAGUCAACGACAGCAUCGGGACGACAAGAGCAGUGAGGAGGACAGCUGACGAUGGGAGUCAACAGAACAGCAGUUUGGGUUCAGUGCCACGAUGGCAGUUUCGGGAUAUUGGGAGAAGUUGGACAGAUUAUUCCAAAGCGAAUAGCACCAUUUCCAGUCAGGACAUCGAGCUCCAGUACCAACAGAACCCGUCAGGCAUCAUCACGUUUGCCACCAACGAAUUUAGCUAUGAGCUAAACCUCGCAGCCAUGACUCAGAGGAAUCUGUCCACAAACACCACCAGACCAGUGCGAAGACUCAACCAGUGACUGCAGGACAACAGACUUGGAGGUCUGGAGUUCACUCGAUGUCGAUACUCGUUACCUCACUGCCUCCCUCAGGUUGUCUCUCCAUAUUGGGAUGAUUCAGUACUCUCUUGCCUCUUAAGUGUUUGGAUGACCUAACACGACAAUAUUUGGGACUUUAAACAAAAGGUGUGAGGGGGCGUUUUAAUAUUUAUUAAUUGCAUUUCUUUAUGUUCAGGUUUACCUUUUUACAAGAUACUGUAUCACUCUUGUGCUUAAGUGUGUUUUCCUGUGGUUGGGUUUAAGGUUUGGGUGAGGUUAGAGUUAACCAGUUACCUGGUUGAGGUUAAGGUAAGGUUAAAACAAAGGGGAACCUGAUUUUACACAUCAUAUGUUUACAGGUCUUGGGCAGCACUACUGCAUAUGUGGAAAAAGUAGUAUACAGCCAUUUGUGGCUCCUGAGGGAGCUACGAGAAAUCUGCUAAUUUGCCUCAAGUGAUGUCACUUGAGUCUGUGUCGGUUGGCGCUGAAGACUACAUCUCUAAAAAUGGUUAAAAAAAAAAAUCUGGAGUUGUGGAGUUAAAAAGAAGUGAGGUUACCAGACAGCCUGCAGCCCGCUGCUCAUCUUUUGAAGCUAGCAGCUCGAGGCUACAUUAGCCGCUACUAGCAUAAUACACCCAAAUCUCCCGCUGCGUUUAAAUGGAUCUCGUGAGCUUGUGUUUUUGACAUGGAAAGUCAUGAACAUGAAGUCAAGAACUCAGAGCUCCAAGAAAAAUUCCACUUACGAGGUUGCAUUCAUAUGAACUCUUUCCAUGAACACUGAUCACGACCCCAAUAGAGUGCCCUAGGAAUGGGUCCAAAAACCCGAAAAAGAAGUUAACAUUUCAGCACUCCCAGUUUCCUCGUUUCAAGGUCAAUGGGUUUUUGGUUAGACGCCUGAAAUAAGGUCUGAAGAGACUUUCACAUUUUGUUCUACGACAUAAAAUAUGUCAGUAAAUACCCCCUUCAUGAAUUUUGAAGCUUUUACGUGUCCUAAAAAAAGCGGUUGCUAACAACUGGCUCAACGAGACUACAGAACAUCAUCACGCCGAACACAGCUUUACAGCAUUGUCGUGGUAGGGGUUUGAAGUCAAGGGUGUAGUUCGUUUAUAGUCUAACGUUAGCUUUUUACUUCUGGCAAAGCUAACUUUUUUUUGUCAGCCUACAGAAAAUUUCAUCCCUUGAGUGCUCUAUUGAAUUCAGCAUCCAACCAAAUUGUCCGCGAUGUCAAUGCGGAUUCCGUCCUGGCCGUGGAACAGUGGACCAGCUCUUUACCCUUGUGAGGCAGCUGAAAGGGGUCAUGGGACUUUGCCCAUCCAGUCUAUGUUUUGUGGACUUGGAAAAGGCUUACGACCACGUCCUUUAGGGGGUCUUGUGGGGCAUACCAGGUUCGCUGCUACAAGUCAUCCGGUCAUAGUAGAUAGGCGGGCAGUAGCUCAGUCCAUAGGGACUUGGGUUGGGAACCAGAGGGUCGCCUGUUCGAGUCCCCGUCCGGACCAAAUAUGGAGCGUGGACUGGUGGCUGGAGAGGUGCCAGUUCACCUCCUGGGCACUGCCGAGGUGCCCUUGAGCAAGACACUGAACCCCCCAACCGCUCGGGGCGCCUCACCAAGGGCAGCCCCCUCACUCUGACAUCUCUCCACUUUGUGCAUGUAUAGGUCCUGUUUGUGCAUGUGUGUGUCUUUCGGACCUGUGUGUAAUUGACAAGCGGGUGAAAAAAUUGAAUUUCCCCUCAGGGGGAUUAAUAAAGUAUAUAAAAUUUUAAAAAAUUAAAUUAAUUAGAUUACAUGGGAAGGAUAGUGUAAGGAUGUGAUGGUGCAGCAAGUGCCAUUAAAUUUAAAAGAAAAAGGGCAGUGCUGUGCCCCAUGCGGUUUGUAACCUGCAAAAUGUUUUCUGUGUGAUGUUUCUUCUAGCUAGGGGCUAAGAAAACAGCACAACCCUGACACAUUACAUGUGGGCGAACCCCAACUUUAGUCUAGGGCUUGUUGCCCCUGCUCCAGAGCAGGAUAAGCCCUAAAUUUGUUGGGUUAUCACCUGAAAAUGGACUUAACCAGGGGCUAAAAGUUGCCAGUGUGACACAGGGUUAGAAAACAAUUCAAUUUAGGAAUGUUAACAUGAGUUAUGUCUUCAACCUGAUUAUGUAACCCAGAGCUAGUAGAAGAGCAGUGUGAAUCUUAAAGCCCUGGGCUCAGGUUAAUCCUAGGUUAACAAUGUGUGUAUGUCAGCUCAGGGCUAAGAGAACGCUGUGUGAAAAGCCUAACUGAUGGGGAAACACACUUCGACACACCUUUUUUAACCUGAACCAAAGGGAUGUUAGCAAUGUCUCAUUUAACCCAGACAGUUUUUGGUGCAUCUUAAUAUGUCGAUGAAUCUGCUUUUGUCAUCGGAGAACUUUUUAAAAAAUGUUUUUACCUUUUGACAAGAUACCUCUUUUAACCUAAAACCAAAGAAACCUUAACUUGAUGUUUCAUGUAUCACUGCCUAUUAACUGUGCAUGACAAUCUUAAAAUGUUCAUUAAUACUGCCGUGUAAUCAGUGCCUGUCUUUUCUAAAUUAAAGUUGCAUACCCUCCACUGUA